AGUGUCAACAUCCGGUGAAUUAUUUUAGCGGCGAAAACGACUUGUUGUUUGCAGAAAUGAGUUCUGCAAGCAAGGUUGGAGAAAUAUUUACAGCAGCAGGAGUUGCAUUCAAUAAACUUGGUGAUUUAACAAUGCAGUUACAUCCUACCAGUGAACCUAGUCCUACCAGUGGGAAAUGGACCCCAAAAGAGAUAGAAAUGCUUCAGAAUUCAGUUAAAAGAUUUGGAGAUGACUUAGAUAAAAUUAGCAAUAUUAUCAAAACUAGAACAAUAUCACAAAUAAAAACACAGUUAAAAAGAAAAUCUUUUGAAGAAGCAGGCGUACCUAUGCCAACAGAACAAUCCCCUAAAAAAGUUGCAGUGCAAAAACAGACAAUACCAACUCCAGGAGGUGCUGCACAUACUACACAUACUAAAAAACAAAAACACAAUGAUGUUACUUUAAGUGCAUUAAAUGCCCCAGAGAGUGACAUAGAUAUUGAAGGGGAUUCAUCAUCUUCCAAGAAAUUAGAAUUUGAUUCAGAUGUGGAUUCAAGUAUGUUGUGACAGAAAGUUGGACUUAUUUGAAUGUUUUCAAAGACAUGAAGUACAUGGAACUGGGCCAUUUUGUUUGGUGUAGUCAAGUGCAAUCGAAGUUGGAUAUAUAGAUACUGUCAAAUUACAAUUGCAUGUUGCUAUUUACAAAGAAGAUAAAGCAUUUGAACUGAACUAUACGAAAUCAUAUAUCUGCUUUGAUAUAUUUAUCUAUUUGUUUAACAGUUGCCAUCCAGAAAAGUUUUAGCAAUGUUACAGUUACAUUCAGGAUUCUCAAAACUUGUUGAAAGAAUUGCUUUCUUUUAUUGAUGUCAAAAUCUUUGACCCCAUCUUAACUGGUUGGGUAUAUAACUUCAGUGAUCCUUAUGUUGUUUAUAUUUUCAUUCAUUUGUCAGACUUGUUUACACAAAAAUUACUAAAAAUCCAUGUAAAAAUAUAAUGUUUAUUAUCAUGAUUUUUUAGCUUCUGGUUGUCAGAAACGUAAAGUAUUGAUUGACAAAAUACUUUUAUUCAAUAUGAGAUUUAGGAGACAUUAGUUAUAUAAUUAGUCAGAAGCAAUAUUAGAUGAUACAGUAUAGAAGUGACAAAGUAAUACUGAGAAAUUUUUUUUAACUUUUACUUGUAUAAAUGUUGUUUUAGAUAUUUUUUAGAGGAAACCUUUGUUUGUUUGUUAUAGAAUUUGUCAUGUGUGAAAAUGAAUAAAGUAAAUAAAACAUUUGUAUAUAUACAUAUAUGGUAUCAUGAAUAAAGGCAAUUUAAAAUUUA